AUGGACCAACAGUUCUUCUGUUGUUCUCACAGAAGGAGAGGUUUCACUUCUGCCUCCUCUACUGGAGUUAGCUAUGAGAUCAAGUCAAGUAAGCCACCUGUAAGUCAACCUCACAUGGCCACUGCCAGGUGUGCAGGAGGUAACACCAGCAGAAGUUUCCAUAACUUUGGUCAGACCCAAAGGAUUUCUAAUUGUAGGUACAGGAGUGGAGGGAUCCGUGAGAUUUAUGUCAACAAACAGCUCUUAGAACCUCUCUAUCUGGGGGUUGAUCCACAUGACCAUAAGGUCAAAGCAGAGGAGAAGGAACAAUUGAAGCACCUCAACACUCAGUUUGCUUGCUUCAUUGACAAGGUCAGAUAUUUGGAAGAAAGGAACCAGUUCCUGGCCACCAAGUGGGAACUGCUGAAAUCCCACAGAAAUUCUACCGUUAAGAAAGAUCUUUCCCCACUAUGUGAAAAUUACAUCACAGGCCUGAGAAGAAAACUUGAUUAUUUAUUUCAUGAGAAGAACCAACUCCAACAGCAACACAAGACCAUGAAGAACCUGAUUGAGGAAAGCCAGGGCAUGUAUGAAGAAGAAGUCAAGAGACGAACAAAUGCAGAGAAUGAUUUUACCUUGCUAAAGCAGGAAGUUGAUGGGGUAUUUAAAGAGCAGAAGGAACUGGAACACAAGAGAGAAGUGCUGAAAGAAAACAUUGCUUUCUUGGCAAACUUCUUUGAAAAGGAACGUGAAAUGUUGAAAUCUGGUUUCAACAAUACAGCUGUGGUGGUCAACAUGGACAACAGUAGAUGCCUGGAUAUGGAUGACCUCAUCCAAGACAUUGAAAGCUGGUAUCAGAGCAUUGUUCAAAGAAGCAAGGGAGAAGCUAAUCUCUUUUACUGGAGCCAGAUGGAGGAUCUCCAGAGCAAAUGCUGUCAGUUCCAUGAGAACCUGAGAAAAAACAACAGUGAAAUUGCUGAGCUGAAUCGCUUUGUCCAGAUAAUGAGAUACCAAGUAGGAAAUGAGAAGAAAAAGGUUGCUUCUCUGCAAGCUGCCAUCAAGGACACCAAAGAACUUGGAGAACAUGCUCUGCAAGAUGCUGAAGCUAAGCACAAAGAGCUUCAGAACAGUGUGCAGAACUUCAAGGACAGAUUGGUUGCCCUUGUGCGGGAUUAUCAGGAUCUCAUGAACACCAAAUUGGCCCUUGAUAUUGAAAUUUCAACAUACAAGACACUGCUGGAGGGAGAGGAGCAGAGAAUCUCUUCAGGAGUUCCUGUGAAUGUGGCUGUGGUGAACAAUACCUGUGCAAUGGCACUGCAUGAGCAUGAGGAGGGAGAGGCUCAUGUCCAUCACCCUGGUGCAGACAGGAGCUCCAAAGCUGGGUCAGAGAAGUACUCUGCUCUUGGUUUUAUUGUGAAUUUUAAAGGAGCUACUCAAGAUGCUGAAUCUACUGGGACCUACAGGGUCUACAAGUUCCAUCCAGGCUUCUCCAGCAGCCAAAGCCUAUCUAGCCUUGGUGGAAGAGCAUCCUUAUCCCUCCAUGGAGGUCAGAAGAGUGACACCUUACCAAGAAGAUACAGCAUCCAGGGGGUUCAUGUUGAUCCAAAUCAGCUGAUGCCUUUGCCUGGGACCAUUUGCCCUGACAUCCAGAAAGUGAAACGUCAGGAGAUGGAAGACAUAAAGCACCUGAACAGCCAGUUUGCUGGGUUCAUUGAGAAGGUACAAUGUCUUGAACAGAAGAACCAGCUGCUAGCAACCAAAUGGACCCUUCUGCAGAAGCAAACCAAACCAAACACUCAAGAUACGGAAUCUUUUUUUGAGCGGUUCAUUUGCAGUUUGAAGAAUCAACUGGACUGCUUGCUGCAUGAGAACAGAAAACUGCAAACUGAUCGCAAGAAUGCCAAAGAGUUGACUGUGGACUGCAAGCAGAGGUAUGAAGAGAAGGUUAAUGAGCACACUGCAGCAGAGAAUGAAUUUGUGGGACUCAAGAAGGAUACAGACUGUCUAACUGUGAUGAAUGCUGAAUUAGAGGCCAAAGUCAGCCUCCUUUACCAAGAAAUUCAGUGUCUGAGAAAUGUAUUUAGUGAGGAGCAAGGUCAGCUAGACAAACAAGUUGGAGAUCUGGGUGUGGUUGUGAAAAUGGACAACAGCAGAAACUUUGACAUGGACUGCAUUGUCACUAAAAUCAAGAAGGAAUAUGAGGAAGUUGUCCAGAGAAGCAAAGCUGAAGCUGAUGCCUUUUACCAAAACAAAUAUGAAGAGGCUCAAAAGAAGAGAUGCAACUUCAAGGGAGAUUUGAAGCACCGUGAGCAACAGAUUUUGGAGCUCAAUAGAACAAUCAAGAAGCUUCAGUGUGAGAUUGAGCGUGUGCAAAAGGAGAAUACCGAGCUUCAGAAGGCAUUGUGUGAUGCAACAGAAAAGGGUGACAAUGCUCUCAAAGAUGCCCAGAAGAAAUAUGCAGAGUUGGUAGAAGCUCUUCGGAAUGGCAAAGAUGAACUGGCAGGCCUGCUCCGGGACUACCAGGAACUACUGAAUGUCAAGUUAGCCCUUGAUAUUGAGAUUGCAGCCUACAACAGUCUACUGAAGGGGGAAGAGGAGAGGAUGUCCAGAGAUUGUGGAAGCUCAGUCAGUAUCUCUGUAGCCAAUGCCUCAAGGUCAUCUCAGAGUGCUGUGAAGCAAAGACAUGAAUGCUGUACGAAGGAUGGAGCCAUUUCUGGAUCUGGAAACUUAGGAACUACAGUAUCUAAUUGUAGUCACAAGAAGCAAGGAUGUCAAAGUGAAAACUCAAGCAAAACUAAAAAAUGA